AUGUCGGCUCCUCCGAACCUCCCGAAGAUGACCUAUCGGUUCCUGGGCCGAUCGGGUCUGCAGGUCUCGGCCAUCUCCCUAGGCGGCUGGCUCACCUACGGCGGGCACGUGGAAAAGGAAAAAACAUUCGCCUGCAUGAAAGCCGCGUAUGAUAGCGGCGUCAAUUUCUUCGACUGUGCCGAGGCCUACGCCGAGGGCAAGUCGGAAGAAGUGAUGGGUGAAGCGAUCAGGAAGUUCGGCUGGAAGCGUAACGACCUUGUCAUAUCGACGAAGCUAUACUGGGGCAGUGCGUUUGGUGACAACCCCGUUAAUAACAAAGGGCUAAGCCGGAAGCACAUCGUCGAGGGCGCGAACGCCGCGCUGUCGCGCCUGGGGCUCGAAUACGUAGAUCUCAUCUACGCGCAUCGUCCGGAUAGACGCACACCCAUGGAGGAGAUAGUGCGCGCCUUUAACCAUUUGAUCGACACCGGGAAAGCGUUCUACUGGGGCACAUCGGAAUGGAACGCCGACGAGAUCGCCCAGGCGUGGCGUUACGCUGACAAGUUGAACCUCAUAGGUCCGGUUAUGGAACAGCCGCAAUACAACAUGCUGGAUCGCGAGAAGGUAGAGAAGGAGUACGCUCAUCUGUACCGAGAAGUCGGGCUCGGAUUGACGGUAUUUUCGCCGCUGAAAACGGGCGUCCUCUCUGGCAAGUAUAGGGACGGAAUUCCCCCGGACUCGAGAUAUGCUCAAGACAAGGUUGAGUUUAUCGCGGGGUUCUGGAAGCGCACAGGCAAGGAAUUGUGGGAUGGCAUCAUCGAGCAGGUGAAGAAGCUAGAGCCCAUCGCGGAGGAACUUGGAGUCAAGCAAAGCCAGCUAGCUUUGGCAUGGGUGCUCAAAAAUCCAAACGUGAGCUCCGCCAUUACCGGCGCGAGUAGUCCUGAGCAGGUGUACGAGAACGUACAAGCUCUCGAGGUCGUGGACAAGCUGACCCCAGAGAUUAUGGCCAAAAUCGACGAAAUCCUACAAAACAAGCCACCUGCGAUUGUUGACAGAUUUUAA